AUGUUCUCCAGCGCCGUCCCGCGAGACGUUGGUCCGUCCGUGACUGAAUCGCAGGUCCGGGUCGUGCAGUCCAGCGUAUACGCGUACACUUCCGGUCUUUUCGUGGAGUCCCUUGUGUUUGGGAUGUUGGUGGUGAUCUUCUUCACGGGCACGUGGAAGGUGCUGUCGGAAAAGCAAGGGUUGGGGAUGACGAAGCGGGACAAGAUUUUUGUUAUGGCGAACGCUCUGAUGUUCGUUCUCGCGACUGUGCACUUGUCGCUGGAUGCCCAUAUCAUGGUAUCCACUGGGUUGCUCAGGGGCGCCGACCUGGCGUUAGUCUCGAAUGCUUUGAACAGCUUGAACGACUUCAACUCGUUCGGCGCGUACAAGACAGCCCUUCUUGUGGCCCAGAUGAUGAUCGGGGAUGGAUUCAUGGUUUACCGAGCAUACAUCAUUUGGAAUAGGUCUUGGGCCGUCGUGAUGCUACCUCUUGUGUGUCUCAUUGCUGAAGUCCUUCUUGGCUUCACAACUUCCUCCCUCGGCCGAUACCAUGUCGCGCCGAACAAGAUCAACGCUUGUCUGGCAGCCUUCUUCGUCUUGACUGCGGUAACCAAUGUGCUGUCGACCGCCCUCGUCUUGAAACCAGUUCUAUUUCCGCGCCAGCGUUUGCACGAAUACCACCCCGAUGGCUGGGGUCUAGGAGCAGUCAAGUGGCGGGUGAUGCGCUCCGUCCUGCACUCUGCUGCCAUCUUCACCGUCUCUUCCGUGCUCUUCGUCACCACGUUCUUCACCAGCCCACACGGCUUCGCUGUCUGCCACACCAUCUUUCUCCCCACUGUCGCUAUCGUCUUUUCCCUCACAAUCACAAGGAUGUGUCUGAACAACAGCAGCAGCAACAGCAACAAUAACAACAACAAUUCCACCUCGCGCCUCUCCCUGGCCACUGCCGACGGCCAGCAUUUCUCCCAGUCGUACCCAACCCUGCCCAUCUACACAGUCCAGAUACCCCUCCGGAGCGAGCGCGAGGAUGCGCGCCCACGCGAGCGAACGAAUAGCCGCGCGAUAACCCCGACUCCACUGAGCCCGAUCACGAUCCACGUGUCGGUGACGACGACGAGCUUGUCGGACCGGGAGAGCAGGCAAUCAACCGCGUUCGACUUUGACGGGGACAAGGCGUCGCUCGCGACCGCGAAGGAGAGCCUGGGACACGGCGACGGCGCGGGUCUGCGCGACGAGCCUUUGAAGUCGCCGAUUGAGAAAUGA